UAUAUGCUAGCAAACAGAAACUGCAUUUGAAGCGCAGACGACUGUGAAGACUAUGAAGACUUGGCAAGCCCUCUGCCUCGCUGUUGGCCUCUACGGAGCCCUGUUUAUUGCAACCGCAGAGGAAGAGAGGAAUAAGGAUGGGCAACGUGUAUUGCACAACUGCAAUAAUGACAGCUACGUUUUAGAGAAGGAGCACUGGAAUAACAUCUCUGCAUUUCCCGCUGACUGUCGAUACUAUUGCAACAGGAGUCGUGGUGCCGAAGAAAUUUGGUAUGGCUACUACGAACCGUUUACUCCAUGCACGAAUUCUACCGACGUCUACGACGAAAAAGGGCAUAUCAAGUCUGGAAUAUGUAUUACCAGUGGCGCAACCGGAGAGAAGACAUGGAAAUGUGAUUUGACGCAGCCACCUACGAUUCAGCUGCAAACCUGCUGAUCAGCAGCUGUUGAGGAUGAAGGCGCCGGUAAUAGCAUACGUGUAGUGGACCUCUCCUCGAAUAAACAGAAUGUCAUAUCCAACCGAACAUAACA